GUAGUUUUUCUGUAACCGGUGCCACUUUCAAACAUCACCUACAAACUCAUUUCUUAGUCAUUUAGAUAGAGAAUGGCUCAUUAAUUUCAAAGACAUACAAAAUUGAAACUCAAUACUCCUUAUGUUUGGCAUUAACAAUGGAAUAGAGAACUCCAAUUUAUAUAAGUUCAAUAAAAAAAAACGGAAAUAGAAUAUUUUUUAUGUUUAGUGCAAAAAACUUAAAACACGAAUUCGUUUUUACAACUUUCCGAUUUCACGCUGACAUUAUAUUGCUGUAAUAAUGUUACAAAAAUAUGGAUUUUCUCCAUGUUUUGCAUUUCUUGUUUUUUCUUCAAUUAUGUCGAUCUAUGGGUUAUCCACAUUCGUGGAAACAGGCAACGGGUAGUGCCUCUAUUGAUUCAAAAGUAUGGAAUUCAAGAUCGGUCGAAUCAAAAACUUUAUCGAAAGACCGCAGUUCUCAAAUAAGCCGUGACGAUGGCGAUCAAAGUGAAUAUGACGAAAUCUAUAGCAGCAAAGAAAACAGCCAAGAUCGCUCUGAUCAGGACAGCAGACAAAGUGAUAACUAUCCUAAACAAAAGAAUUAUCUUCGAAUGACACAUAAAAACGUUAAAAACAAAGAAAAGAAGAAAGACAGCAAUUAUGAUGACGAUUACAGCGAUCAAAAUGACAAUCCCAGUUAUAAAACAGAUCAUAUCAAGAACAGCGAUCCAAAUAAACAUAUUCAAAAACACAAAAAAAUAAGAGAUAAAAAGCAAAAAGGACACAAUCAAUUUAACCAUGAUCGAAACGAAGUUAAAAAAUAUCACUCGUACAAAAAGACUUUUGAUAAUUAUAAUGAUCAUUAUUCUAAACAUAUAAUUAAGCAUAAGCCAGAAGAUGACACACGACAAAAGGAAUAUAAUGAUGACCAUCGUAUUAAAACAAAUAGCCAUGACUUUAAUAAACAAAAAAUAAACAACAAUCAUAAGCGCCAAAAGAAAACCGACCCAUCUAUAACCAAAACUGAUCUUGAUAACGAACGUAAUAACUAUUAUCCCAGCAAAAACAAGAAUAAUAAUUAUGAUCAAGGCGACUAUCGUCACAGCGUUCCCGAGAUUGAUCCAUACGACAAGUACAAAGUCGAUCUAAAAAGGAUAAAAGACAGCGCAUCUAAACAUGAUCUUCCUAUUAAACAUAAUGAUCUACAUAGUAAACACAAGCUCGUUGAAAAUGACGAUCGAGACGCACCUGAAGAUAGUAAUUUCAAUAAGUACAAUAAUAAUCAAUACAGGCCAAACGAUUUUCAUCACACAACUCGUGACAGUGAUCUUGGUAUGAAAGAUAAUAAUGAUCUUUACAGCAAAAACAAGCACGACCAAAACUAUGAUCCAAACAUUCCUGAAGAUGAUCACAUCAACAAAUACGAUAGAAAAGAAAAGAGGCCAAACAAUAAUCAUCACACACCUGAAAGAGAUAUUCGUAUUAACCAUAACAGUGAUCUUUAUAGUAAAAAUCAACAUGAUAUGAACGAAUAUAAAGAGGUACCCGAAAAUGAUCAUUACAACCAAUACAAUAGGCGACCAAAGAAGAUUGAAGAAACUCAUCAACCCCCACGUGAAAGUGAGGACCAUAUAAAAUAUAAUAAUGAUCUUUAUAGCAAACAUAAACUUUCUAACGGAGAUCAAGACGUACCUGAUGAUGAUAAUUUCAAUAAAUACAAUAGCAGAGAAAAUAGGCCAAAAGAUUUUCAUCACACUACAUCUGAAACUGAUCGUCGUUUAAAGUAUGGCAAUGAUCUUUAUAACAUUAAGCACCUUGAUCGGGAAGUACCCGAAAAUGAUCAUCUAAAUCAAUAUAACAACAAACAAUAUAGGACGAAAGAUUUUCGUCACACCACACGUGAAAGUGACCAUCCUAUAAAACACGAUAAUGAUAUUUAUACUAAAAAGAAACGUGAUGAAAACACCUAUCAAAAUGGACCUGCAAAUGAUCAUCAUAAUCAAUAUAAUAGUCAUCAAAAGUGGGUAAAAGACACUACACCUGAAACUGAACACGGCGGUGACCACAACAGUGAUCUUUAUAGCCAACACAAAAGCAACCAUUAUAAGGAGGAUGUACCUGAAAAUGAUCACCAUAAGCUAAAGAGGCCAAAUGAUCAUCAUCAAACUGCAACUGAAAAUGAUCUUCGUAUAAAACCCAACACUGAUGUUUACAGCAAACACAAAAUGGAAGAAAAUGACGAACAGAUCAAUGUUCAUCACAAUUUAUCUCCAAGUCAUAUACCCAGCAAACCCAAAAAUGAUCUUAGGAUGACAGAGGACAGCCAUCAUUCUAUAAAAGAUCAUAACCACCACGGUGCACGUGGAAUCGAUAAAAAUCUAAAAAGAGACGAUGAGGGCGAUCAAGAAGACACACAUCAUGGCGUACAAGAUCAUGACCGUGUUAACAAACAUAAUAACGCUUAUAACAGACCAAAAAACAACAUCCAUAAAACUGAUAUUCGUAUAAAUCACGAUAAUUUUCAAGACGAAACUAAUCAGGAUGAAACUAAAAGUGAUCUUGGCAGAAAACAUAUUGGCGAUUAUAAGAGGCCAAAAGUUGGCGUGUCUAAUCCUGACCAACAUACAGAACACAGGAAUGAUCAUUAUAGCAAGCACAAGAAAGAUCACAACAGGCAAGAUGAUGAUUAUAACAGUUUACAUAAAAAUGUUCAUAAUAGCAAACACAAAAAUGAUCUCGAUGCAAAUCGCAUUCUUCAUCACGUAUCUAGCAAACACAAUAGUGAACAUAAGACACCAAAGCAUAGCAAUCAUCACAUUGAAUCUAAAAAUGAUAAUCAUAAGACACAUAAAAAUGAUCUUCAUGGUAAACACAAAAUCCAAAAACAUACCAAUCAUUUUAAUGAACAUAAAAAUGAUCAUCCUGACAAACAUAAAAGCAGUCAUGACAGACAAAAACACAAUGAGCAUAACAAACACAAGACUCAAAAAGCCAGUCAUCACAAAAACACACAUAACUCUGAUCUUCAUAACAAGCACAGCAACAAACACAAAAACGAACACAAGGGCCAAAAUGACGGCAACGAUCUAAACGAAUCUGACAAUACUAGUAAACGUAAAAACACAAAAGGCAGUCACAAAAGCAAGAAAGAAAAAAAACAUCCAAAUGAACGUAAAAAUAAUCAUCGUGGUAAACACAACAGUGAUCUUAACAAGCAUAAAAACGAUCAUAAGAGUCAAAACGAGGACAAUCAUAAAAGCAGACAUCAUAAUAAUGAUCAUAGCGGACAAGAUAGUGAUCUUCAUAGUAAACAAGACGAUAAUAACAACGACAAAGUUAAAAGUGGUCAGGAGAGCCAACAAGACAGUGAAAACAAUGAAUCUAGCAGCGAAGUUCAAAAGAAUCAUAACAAUCUUCCUACCAAACGAAAAAUCGAACAGACGACUAAAAGUGAUGAUCAAAAUGGACAAAAUAGUGAUCAAGAUACCGAUGCUAGCGGUAAUUUCUACGGCGGAUAUAAGAAACAUAAUAAUAGCAAAAAUAAUGGCAUCAAUAACAAUGUACACAGGAAGCCCAAUAAUGAUCGCGAACGUAAAGAAAAGAAUGAUCAUAGCCCUGAACCCACCGAUGAUUCUUAUUACAAACCAAAUUCUGAAUCUAAGAGCCAAAUAUACAGCAAUGAUAAUCAUAGAAAUUUAAAUACCGGAGCCGAGAGUGAUCGUCAUAAAAACAAAAGUGUCAGUCAUAGCCAAGAUAACAACAAGCAUGAUUCUGUUGCUAAUAAACUGCAAAAUGUUCAUAACGAAUUCAAAAGCAAACAGAGCAUUCAUCAUCACAUUGAACCCAAUAAUGAUCUUAACGGGGAAAGAAAAAACCAAGAGAUCUCAAGAGACAAUCAUUACAACGAUCCAAAUAAAAUUCGUUUAAAUAUGGCAUACGGCAAUGAACACCACAGUGAUCACAAAAGCGAAAAAAAACACCAUGAACAUAGCAAUCUAAAGGAAAAUAACAAUACACGUCAUAGACAUGAUGAUAGCAAAUACAGCAAUGAUUUUAAUUCUGAACCUAGUACAAAUCCACUUAAAGAGAAUAUAAAUCAAAAUAGCGAAACAGCCAUCAAUGAUAACGGUCAAAACCAUGACGGUAAUUCUGAAAAUAGUAAUGAUAUCAAAAAAAUCGAAAGCGUUGAUAAUAACCAAAUGAAUGACAAUUAUCAGAUACAUCAAAACCGUGAUCUUAGUUCUGAACUCAGCAAUGAUCAUCACAGCAAACACAAAAACAACAGCCAAGAAAAUAAGCGCGGUGAUAACAAUGAUCCGAACAUUACAAACAGCGGUUUAGAGGGCAAACAAAACUAUACUGGAUCAGGCAAUAAUGAACGUAUUAAACCAAAUAAUCUAACUAUUAAUCUUAAAUUCCAUAACCCUCAAAAAGAAAUUAAAAUUCAAGAGGAGAAAGCUCUAAAAGAAGAGACUGUUCCAGAAAAAACGGAAAGACCAAAAUUUCGAUUCAUGCCGAAAACUUUCAAAAUUGUACCGUUCUUAAUCAAAAAAGAUUUGCGAAGAAUUAACACAGGUAUAACGAACGCUCCAUCGCAAGCGCUGAAAAAACUUACGCCUACUUACCCUAAAGCGCCCGCUAAAGAAGAUCAAAAAGCAGUUUUCAGAAGCGACCCAAUUGAAAUUAAACUCUUUGAUAAAGUACAAGGUGACAACCCAGAGAAAUAUAUAGAGAUAGCACCAAUAAACUAUCGCAAAGAUUCCUACACAGCGCCCGAUUACAAAAACGAGCAACACUAUUUAAAUAAUGAUGGGACACUUACAACGCAGAAACCAAGCGCCGUUCCACAUUUACGUAAACGAAAUCGCAUCGAACUCAAAUAUGUAAAGGAUACUAACGAUAAACUUGAUAAAUUAAAACAUAUUGAACGUCAACAGAAAGAACAUACAAAAAAAAUUCACAAAAAUACUAGCACGACACCAAAAACUACUAUCAGAGAACAAAAAUUGUUAAGAUCAGUUGAAACUAUAACAAAUUUAAACCAAUCUUCAGUAGUCAAUGCCACUCGACCCGUCGCAAAGAUUGAUCUAAACGCAACUUUGGAUCGGUUGGCCAAAUCAAAAAUCAUAGACAUAUUAACAGAUCGGUUGACGAAUAACGUGCUUAGAAAAAUACAAAGACGUAUACGGGACAAAUCAAAAAAGCGUAUGAGAGAGUUUGAAAAUGAUUCAGUGGAGAAAAUUGAGAUUUUAUUUCAGAAUGCCGAAUUAGAAGUUGCCGGUGACUCGAAAAGAACUAUAAUAAAUGGGAAAGUUUAUUAAAUUUGUGGUUUUAUUUUGCUUCCCAACGCCAUCUA